UUUAUAGCUUUUUUAAUUUGCAUAUAUUAUUGAAUAAAACAUAGUAUUAAAAUUAAAUUUAUUCUUGUCCCCUUGUGCAACGUUAGUACACUCUGAAGCACAUGUUUAACAUUUUCAUUUUCUAACUGUCACCACAAAAAUGAGGUUAUCAAUACAAAAGUAGUCGUUAUGAAUUAAGUGAAUUAUUUCUUUAUUUUUAUCAUAUGAUAAAUCUGUGAAAAUGGAUGAUGUAGUUAUAAAUUCGUCUGAAAUGGAGAGCAGUCUGGUUACACCAAAACGUGAGCAAAUAUGCGACGAAGAAAGUAUUUUUAACAAACUCAACACCAUAACGAAGAAUCAAACGGUCAACGCUAAGCCUCCGGAAAUUCAAGAUUUCUUUAUUGUAAAACCAAUUAGUCGUGGAGCAUUUGGUAAAGUGUUUUUAGGUUUCAAGAAAACUAAUCCUGAGCAAUUAUAUGCAAUAAAGGUUAUGAAAAAGUCUGAGAUGAUAAACAAAAAUAUGGUUUCACAAGUCGUUACUGAAAGAAAUUGUUUAGCUUUGUCCAGAAGUCCAUUUUGUGUACAGCUUUACUAUUCCUUGCAAUCAGUUUCAUCAAUAUAUUUGGUUAUGGAAUAUAUGGAAGGUGGUGACUUGAAAUCUCUUUUAAGUGUUUACGGAUAUCUAGAAGAACCUAUAGCACGUUUUUACAUUGUUGAAGUUAUUUUAGCUCUACAGUAUUUGCACGAACAUUCAAUCGUUCACAGAGACUUAAAGCCGGACAAUAUGUUACUGUCUGGUAAAGGACAUGUUAAAUUGACAGACUUUGGUUUGAGCAAAAUUGAAUUACACAGAGAUUUGGAAAUAGCAGAUUUAGUAAAUGGUACUCCAACACUUAAUACACGUACUCCGGGUCAAUUGUUGUCUUUGACUUCUCAUUUGAGCUUUGGUAAUUCAGUAAAUAGACGAAGUGGUUGUUCUGGUCAUAGCAGUAAGGAAAGAAAUUCUGUUUCCACUAAUCUUUUACAAAACCUGAAUAAAGAAGGCAAAGGUAGCAGUUCUGAUUUUGUAUGUGAUCAAUUAGAUGUUUCUAUAGUUUCCACAAAUAGCAGUAGAUUAUCAGGCAUUACACCAUUUUAUAGUGCUGAAAUCAAUGUAAAUGCUGUAUCUUCUUCUACAAAUAAAACAGACAAUUCUUAUCACACUUGCCAAAGCAAUAAUUGCACAACUGACAAAGAAAAUGCAAGUUCAAAAUUAGGAAAUUAUACAAUUAAUGAUGAAUUUAUAAAAUCAAACUCUAGCAAUAUAAUUAACAUGUCUAACAGCAAUAAAAUUAAAUGUGAUUAUUUGGAUAUUGAAAGUUCUGAUGAAAUAUUAUCAAAAAAUAUUAGCAGUGCUAGAGAUUUUUUCAAACGAUCACGUUGUGGUUCUCCUGCAUUAACAGAACGAUCACGAUCAAAAUCUUUAUCAGAGGAUACUUCUGAACAUGCUGUGACUUCAUUUUCUAGAUCUAGAUCUUUCAAGAGACCAGAAUCUUUUGUCCGUGCCAAGCGUAAACGUGGUGGCCCUUUCAACUCGCCACCCGAUGCAAAUAUAACUGAGGAGCGUAGUGGAAGUCAUACAGGAUUGACACAGGAAAUAGAUUUGAUGGAUAUUGAGAGUUCAACACCGAAACGAAAAGCUACUCGGGCUAUUGUUAUGCAAUCUUCUUCAAGCAUUCAAAAAUCUUUACAGAAACGAACUAUUUUGAAAGGAGUAUUAAAAAUCAAGUCCUCAUCAGAAGAUGAUUCUCCUGCACCACCAGCUGGUGGUGUAAUGUUUUCAACCCCAGUUCCCAAAAAUUCAGAAGUUACAAAUUCAGACAGCGAAAAUGAGUUAAAAAAAGACUAUGCUGGUAUGAUUCGACACAAAAAUACGAGAUUUGAUAUACCCAUUGAAUCAAAACAGAUGUUAUCAAGUACUUUAGAAUAUCCUAAAGGACAUAAUAUAUCAGAUGAUCCAAAUAUCUCUCCAAUACAGACAACAAACACUAAGUCUGUCACAACAGGUCGGACAUCAAGUAAUGAAAUUCCUCAUAGGACUCCAAAAGCAGCACAGACUCCAUUCAGGACACCAAAAUCUGUUAGGAGAGGUGUUGGUUCAACUGAUCAACGAAUAUUAGGUACACCGGAUUAUUUGGCACCGGAGUUAUUGUUAAGGCAAGGUCAUGGUGCAGCAGUAGACUGGUGGGCCCUUGGUGUAUGUUUGUAUGAAUUUUUAACAGGAAUAACACCGUUCAAUGAUGAAACACCCCAAGCUGUAUUUAACAACAUACUAAACAGAAAUAUAGAAUGGCCUGAAGGCGAUGAAGCUUUAUCAGAUAAUGCUGUACAAGCUGUGGAAUCUUUACUAUCAAUGGAUCCGUUGGUGAGACCUGCUUACAAGGAAGUCAAACAAUUCGAGUAUUUCCAAAAUGUGAACUGGGAGAAUCAGUUAUUAGAAGAGCCACCAUUUAUACCACAACUGGAGAACCCUUUGGACACUUGCUAUUUUCAAGCUCGCAAUACUUUACAACAUUUGAACGUGUCCAAAUUUGAUUCGUAA